CUCUCCUUCUUCCUUCUCUCUAAACAAGGAAUGACAAGGCCAACGAGACCACUCAUUCAUUUAGAACCCUCUAACCAUCUCUCACCCAUCAUUACAAACUCACACUUAGCAACCAAGAUUCCUUAAAUAAGCCACAAAGCUUCCACAUCAAUCUUUCUCAUGUGAUGUCUUUCCUGACUCCCAGCAAAUCUGCAUAUUUUGCUGCAAGUGGAGAAGAGAUAGAGAAGCCUAUAAGAAUGAAGAAGCUUAGAAAAUGUUGCAGAAAGUUGAAGAAGAUGUUUACAAUAUCCCAUGGAGGUAGCUCUGACCAAAUGACUUCAGUCUCACCUCCUUAUACCGUUCACUGUGAUGAGCUCUUCCUGCCAUUGUCAAAGAAAACAGGUCACCGCGCCAAUAAUUUUCGUAUUGAUCCCUUCAUAGCCCGCCACAUUGCUGCCCAAAAUUACUUCACCAUGAGGCCUAACAUCCAUAUUUGAGGGAGAAGGAUAAGGUUGUAUAUAUCUAACCCUUCACAGAAUUGACGCGAGUCUCAUACACUAGGUAUGCUUUUAUCUGUGUCAUGCUUAGAGAUCUCCACUCAAUUAUCCUCUCUCUUGUGAUUUUUCAUG